UUAAUCGUUUAAUUCUUGAACAAACAAACAAACGAAAAAAAUGGCUAGCGUAGGAACUUUAGCUUUUGAUGAAUUUGGUAGGCCAUUCUUUAUUCUUAAAGAUCAAGAUCGACAAAAACGAUUGACCGGUACUGAAGCUAUCAAGAGCCAUAUUUUGGCUGGUAUUAGUGUAGCUAAAAUAUUACGAACAUCGCUUGGACCGAAAGGUCUGGAUAAAAUUAUGGUCUCAGCUGAUGGCGAUGUUACCAUCACUAAUGAUGGUGCAACAAUACUUAAAAUGAUGGAUGUUGAACAUCAAAUUGCCAAAUUAUUGGUUGAACUUUCUCAAUCACAAGACGAUGAAAUUGGUGAUGGUACUACUGGUGUUGUUGUAUUGGCUGGAGCUUUAUUAGAACAAGCCGAACAAUUACUUGAUCGUGGUAUUCAUCCGAUUCGUAUUGCCGAUGGUUUUGAAUUGGCUGCACGUCAUGCAUUGGAACAUCUGGAUAAAAUCUGUGAAAGUUUCCCGAUCAAUCAGAAUAAUUUGGAACCAUUAAUCGAAACUGCUACAACAACAUUAAGUUCAAAGAUUGUCAAUCGUUGUUUACGGAAAUUUGCCGAAAUAGCAGUGAAUGCUGUAAUUUCGGUUGCCGAUCUUGAACGAAAAGAUGUCUCAUUCGAUUUGAUUAAAGUUGAAGGCAAACCUGGUGGAAGACUUGAAGAUUCAAUUUUGGUCAACGGUGUUAUUGUCGAUAAGAAUUUUAGCCAUCCACAAAUGCCUAAUGAAUUGAAAGAUGUAAAACUGGCCAUAUUAACGUGUCCGUUUGAACCACCAAAGCCAAAAACCAAACAUAAGUUGGAUGUACAAUCGGUUGAAGAUUAUCGUAAUCUACGAAAAUAUGAAAUUGAAAAAUUUGAAGAAAUUGUCCAACGCGUUAAAGAUGCUGGAGCAAAUCUGGUCAUCUGCCAAUGGGGCUUCGACGAUGAAGCUAAUCAUCUAUUGUUGCAAAAAGAAUUGCCUGCUGUUCGUUGGGUCGGUGGCCCCGAAAUUGAAUUAAUUGCUAUUGCAACCGGUGGUAGAAUUGUUCCACGUUUUGAGGAAUUAACUCCAGAAAAACUUGGUAAAGCUGGCAUCGUACGUGAAUUAUCUUUCGGUACUACACGUGAUAAAAUGUUGGUCAUUGAACAAUGUCCAAAUACCAAAGCUGUAACGAUUUUUAUUCGUGGUGGUAACAAAAUGAUUGUGGAAGAAGCUAAACGUUCAAUGCAUGAUGCUCUUUGUGUUGUACGAAAUCUUAUCAAAGAUAAUCGAAUCGUUUAUGGUGGUGGUGCUGCUGAAAUAUCCUGUGCAUUGGCUGUAUCGGCAGAAGCUGACAAGAUCACAUCAUUGGAACAAUAUGCAUUCAGAUCAUUUGCCGAUGCAUUGGAAUCAAUACCAUUAGCUUUGGCUGAAAAUAGUGGCCUUUCACCAAUAGAAACUGUGGCCGAAGUGAAAGCACGACAAGUAAAAGAAUCCAAACCACAAUUGGGUAUUGAUUGCAUUCAAAAAGGAACUAAUGAUAUGAAAGUUCAAAAUAUAAUCGAAACAUUGAAUAGCAAAAAACAACAAAUUAGUUUGGCCACACAAUUGGUGAAAAUGAUUCUAAAAAUUGAUGAUAUUCGUUCAUCCGAAGGAAUGAUGUAAUAAUCGAAAAUUAUUUCAUUUUUUUUUAUAUAUUCGAUGAUUAUUGAUGAUGAU